ACGUUUGGCACGUGGAGCUCAGGUUCUGAUUAAAAAAUAUAUAUGGUAAAGCGUGUAUACUUUAUCUUUCAUCUAUAAAUACAUUUGCUUUUCUCAUAAACCAAAACAAGCUUCUUUUUCAACUACUAAAUCAAAUAUCUAGUGUUAAUUUGUUUGAUAAAAAAAAAGUUAGCAAAAAUGUUUGGCAUAUUUGACAAGGGCCAAAAAAUCAAGGGGACUGUGGUGUUGAUGCCCAAAAAUGUUUUGGACUUCAAUGCCAUAACAUCCAUCGGUAAAGGCGGUGUUCUUGACGCCGCCGGAAGUCUCAUUGGUGGAGUUACAAGCGUUGUUGGUCAAGUUGUUGACACUGCAACUGCUUUCUUAGGCCGUAAUGUCUCUAUGCAGUUGAUUAGUGCUACCAAGACUGAUGUAAGUGGAAAGGGUCUAGUUGGAAAGGAAACAUUUUUGAGCAAACAUCUUCCUCAAUUACCAACUUUGGGAGCAAGACAAGAUGCAUUCAGUAUUUUCUUUGAAUAUGAUGCUAAUUUUGGAAUCCCAGGAGCAUUUUACAUAAGAAAUUACACACAAGCUGAAUUUUUCCUUGUUAGUGUGACUCUUGAUGACAUUCCUAACCGUGGAAGUGUUCAAUUUGUUUGUAAUUCAUGGAUUUACAACUUCAAAAGCUACAAAAAUGAUCGCAUCUUUUUCACCAAUGAUACUUAUCUUCCAAGUCAAACUCCGGCUCCAUUAAAUCACUAUAGAGAAGAAGAGUUGCAAAAUUUAAGAGGAGAUGGAACAGGAGAACGCAAAGAAUGGGAUAGGAUAUAUGAUUAUGAUAUUUAUAAUGAUUUGGGAAAUCCAGAUGGUGGUGACAAUCUUGUUCGUCCGGUUCUUGGAGGGUCUAGCGACUAUCCCUACCCUCGUAGGGUUAGAAGUGGUAGAAAACCAACCAGAAAAGAUCCUAAGAGUGAGAAACCUGGUGUCAUUUAUGUUCCAAGAGAUGAAAAUUUUGGUCAUUUGAAGUCAUCAGACUUUCUUAUGUAUGGAAUAAAAUCAUUGUCUCAAGAUGUCUUGCCUCUGUUUCAAGCUGUAAUUUUCGAUCUAAAUUUCACGCCGAAUGAGUUUGAUAGCUUUGAUGAAGUGCGCGGACUUUUUGAAGGCGGAAUUAAGCUUCCUACUGAUAUACUUAGCAAAAUUAGCCCCCUUCCAGCCCUUAAGGAAAUCCUCCGCACUGAUGGUGAACAAGUCCUCAAGUUUCCACCACCUCAAGUAAUUAGAGUUAGCAAGUCUGCAUGGAUGACUGAUGAAGAAUUUGGAAGAGAGAUGGUUGCCGGCGUAAAUCCUUGUGUGAUUCAACUUCUCCAAGAGUUUCCACCAAAAAGCACGCUAAAUGCCACCGUCUAUGGUGAUCAAACUAGUACAAUAACAAAAGAACACUUAGAGUCCAACCUUGGCGAGCUCACCGUAGAAGCGGCACUUGAUGGAAAGAGAUUAUUCAUUUUAAAUUACCAUGAUGCAUUCAUGCCUUAUUUGGAGAGGAUAAACUUAAAUGCAAAAGCUUAUGCUACUAGGACAAUCUUGUUCUUGAAAGAUGAUGGGACUUUGAAGCCAAUUGCCAUAGAAUUAAGUUUGCCACACCCAAAUGGUGUCCAAUAUGGUUCUGAAAGCAAAGUAUUCUUGCCUGCAGACGAAGGUGCUGAAAGUAUAAUUUGGCUAUUGGCAAAGGCUCAUGUAAUUGUAAAUGACUCAUGCUAUCAUCAACUUAUGAGCCAUUGGUUGAAUACACAUGCGGUGGUUGAACCAUUCAUCAUAGCAACAAACAGACAUCUUAGUGUGCUUCAUCCGAUUAAUAAACUUUUAUAUCCUCACUUCCGUGAUACAAUAAAUAUCAAUGGACUUGCUCGACAAGCUCUAAUAAAUGCCGGUGGUAUUAUUGAACAAACAUUUUUGCCCGGACCAAAUUCCAUCGAGAUUUCUUCCGCGGUUUACAAGAAUUGGGUUUUCACUGAUCAAGCAUUACCAGCUGAUCUUAUCAAGAGAGGAUUAGCCGUUGAGGACCCUUCUUCCCCCCAUGGCCUUCGUCUUGCGAUAGAGGACUACCCGUAUGCUGUUGAUGGAUUGGAAAUAUGGGAUGCUAUUAAGGCGUGGGUCGAAGACUAUGUUUCCUUAUAUUACCCAACAGAUGAAGCAGUGCAAAAAGACACCGAAAUUCAAACUUGGUGGAAGGAAGCCGUCGAAAAGGGUCACGGUGACUUGAAAGACAAGCCAUGGUGGCCUAAGAUGCAAUCUGUUCAAGACUUGGUUCAAUCUUGCUCCAUUAUCAUAUGGACUGCUUCUGCUCUUCACGCAGCUGUUAACUUUGGACAGUAUCCUUACGGAGGAUAUAUCCUAAACCGUCCAACACUUAGCAGAAGAUUUAUUCCGGAGAAAGGAACUCCAGAAUAUGAUGAGAUGGUGAAAAGUCCUGAAAAAGCAUAUUUAAGAACAAUUACACCAAAAUAUCAAACCCUUGUUGAUCUUUCAGUUAUCGAGAUAUUGUCAAGACAUGCUUCCGAUGAAGUGUACCUUGGAGAGAGGGAUAGCAAGUUUUGGACAUCUGAUUCAAGGGCAAUUCAAGCUUUUCAAAAGUUUGGAAGCAAGUUAACUGAAAUUGAAGGGAAAAUCACUAAGAGGAACAAUGAGCCUAGUUUGAGAAACCGUACCGGACCAGUGCAAUUGCCCUACACUUUGCUCCUUCGUUCAAGUGAAGAAGGAUUAACUUUUAGAGGAAUUCCAAACAGUAUCUCCAUUUAAAUAAAAAAACAAAAGUGUGUGUGUGUUUUUUUUUUUAAUUUAUAAUUGGGCACUUUUUCUCUUCAAUAACAUCAAUGUUAUAAUUGUCUAUGUAUAAUUAUUGUCUCUAUGUUUGUGCUUUGUAUCACUACUGUAUUUGAGAGCUCUCAUUCACAUAUAAUAAAGUGUGUUUAGUUUUCA